AUGAAUAUGAUAUGUCGCAACUUGAAGAGACGUAAUGUUGAAGGGGGCAAACUUGAUAGACUUACCAAUCUUCCCAUUAAUAUCAAAUACCGGAUUCAGGAGCAAUUGUCUGUGGAGGAAGCUGCAAGAAUGAGCGUUUUGUCUACACCGUGGAGACAUGUUUGGGCUUCAAAUCCCAAACUUGUAUUUUCUCCUCAGUUUUGCCAGAGAAAGCCAUUAACAGACAUUAUCCAUACAAUUCUGUUGCAGCACUGUGGAGACAUUAAGACAUUCAGCGUGAACAUUUCAUCAAUACCUUAUUCUCAACACUCAGUCAUUGAUCAAUGGAUGCUUAUUUUGUCAAGAAACGGUGUCACUGAUCUCACCCUGCAGAAUCGAUCCAAUGCUCUUUACAAAUUACCUUCCUGCAUCUACGAUCGAGAACUAGAAGGUUUGAGACUGUCCAACUGCAUUGUCAAGCCGCCGUGUGACUUUAGGGGCUUCCACAAGCUCAAAAACCUCACUCUACAUCAAGUUGUCUUGGAAUUAAACGACGUUACUUCUUUCUUGUGGAUGCCAUACCUUGUGACUCUGCAGGUGAGGGCGUGUAGUGGUUUUCCUGACUCGAAAAUAUAUGCUCCAAGGCUUUCUGAAAUAUUUUUCCUUACCAAAAGAACCGAAAACCUUGAGUUGGGUCAUUUCAUUGAUUUUCGGAAGCUGAAAACAGUUAUACUUAUAUCGUCAAAACAGAAUCAAGACAAAACGAUGAACUUGACCUAUCUUCUCAAAUGCUGGCCUGAAAUUAAUAAAUUUGCUUUGGACAGUUACUACCUCAAGUCGUUCGCUACUGAAGCAGAGAGGCUCCUCCCGGCAUAUCUCAACAGCUUGAAUGUUAUCACUUUAUUUGAGUUCGAUUUUGAUGAUGAAGAUCAAAUAUCUUCUCUUCUACGAAUGCUUAGAGUUUCUCCGAAUUUGGAUCUCCUUCAUUUAGUGUUGAGCUCGAAGAAGAAGAAGACAGAUGGUAUGGAAGGGAACGUCGUAAAUCAUUUUGAAGAACCAGCCUACAGGACACUAGGAGUACUGCACAAGCUUCAGAGAUUGAUGAUAAAGAAUUUCCAUGGUUCAAAAAUGGAAAUGUUCUUUGUAAAGUUUAUAUUCGCGUCUGCACCUUUACUCCUGAAAACCGUCAUUCAUGAAGAUGCAGAAAGUGUUGAUGAGAGCCAAUCCUUGAACAUCUCAGAGUUGUUGGGGUUCCCUCGAGCAUCUCCGAAAUUGAAAAUGCAUGUCCACCGUCGAUCAAACAGAAGCUUGUUGGCUCCAGAUGCUUCGAGUCACGUUGGAGGGUAA